AUGGCACCAGACGUAGCCUCCUUGGCCCAAAGCACUGCCAUCCCUGCUUCUAAAGUAGAUGGGCCGGUUUACCCGGCGGACAGCAUCGACCUCAAGCGGCUUCUGCGCCAUGACCUGGUUACCAAGGACUUUGACGAGCUGAGAUUCGAAGCCGCAUCAGCGAGGCAGCUGCUCACGUUCGUAGAAGCGUCCGAGCGACCAUCUUCGGAACUGGAUACCCGAUUGGUCGCCUCACCGUACAACGAGGCAUCCCAUCUUCUAGAUAUCAAUACGGUCGAUGCCCAGAGCCGAUAUCUAGCACUAGCGCUGGCCUAUCUCAGACCGACCAGGGAUGAUUACGCCGUCGCGGGCUAUCUCGAAUCUUUCAACUGGGAUGAAGUAUUCGACAUCGCGAGACGCUUCGCGGAGUCGGAGGGCCACACGUGGACUUCCCAGUCCUUCUAUGUUGUCUCCUUCCGGUCCACCCUACUGCCGAACAUUGAUCAAGAUCACCUGUAUGCGCUGGACGCGCACUCUCACCAGGAAGCUGUGGUUAGCGGUGGAUUGCUGAAGUAUUGGUUUGGGAAGAAAAACGAGCGAGAGCAGAACUUGGCAACUUGUGUCUGGAGAAACCGAAAUGAUGCAAGGCUGGGGGGCCGAGGCCCCUGGCAUGCAAAGGCAAGAGCUGCAGGCCGACAGCUUUACGAAAGUAUUAUUUUCAAGACGAUGAAGUUGACCAUUGAGGAUGGAGUGAAGUCAUGGUCGUUCUCGGACUGGACCGCAGAGGGCGAGAAAUGA